AUGCCAGAAAUACAAGAUACAAUGCUAGCUAAGAGUAUGAGCUCUUUCGCAGGUGAGGUAUGGAAGCAGACUGCCAGCUUAAAUAAGAUAUACAUGAAUACGACUACCAUUGAAUAUUUUGUCCUGAAAGGAUUCUCAGAUAUCCCAGAUUUACAGAUUUUGGCAUUCGUUGCAGUCCUAUUUGUCUAUCUGAUUAUUAUUGGUGGAAACAUGACGAUUCUCAUCCUAAUCUGCUUGGAACGUCAUCUCCACACUCCCAUGUACUUCUUCUUGGCCAACCUGUCUAUUGUUGACAUCUCUUUUACCACCUCCACAUUACAUAAGAUCUUCACCGGUUUCAUGACUGGGGAUAGAACGGUUUCAUUCUAUGGGUGCAUGGUACAAUCUUUUAUGUCUGGAUCCUUCACAAUCCAUCAGUUGUAUAUACUGGCGGCCAUGAGCUAUGAUCGCUAUGUGGCCAUCUGUAUCCCUUUGAGGUAUCAAAUGAUUAUGAACCAAACAACAUGUGUAGUGUUGGCUUCUCUCUGUUGGGCCUUGGGAUUUCUUUUUAUAAGUCCUUUUGCUUGGAUUCUUGGAAGUUUUUCAUGUUAUACCUCCAUAGAAGUCAACCACUUCUUCUGUGACAUUGUCCUUUUGAAGAAGAUGACCUGCAGUGACACCUCUCUAUUGGAUAUGUUAACCUUCAUUGAAGGAUCACUUCUUUUCCUUGUUUCGCCGUUUCUUCUUACAUUUGUGCCCUAUAUUAUUAUAAUAGCUGCAAUACUGAAGAUCCAAACCACCACAGGCAGAUAUAAGGCCUUCUACACGUGCUCCUCACACCUCACUGUUGUCAUCCUUCUCUACACAAUUCAUAUUAUUCAAUAUUUGAUACCAAGCAAUUUAGACAUCGAAAAACUUACUACUUUGAUCAACACUGUUGUGCUCCCUCUGCUGAAUCCACUGAUCUACAGCUUUAAAAAUAAAGACAUAAAAAUAGCUCUAAGGAAAAAAAGGACGUUUUGGUGUUAUCUUAAAGCCCUGCAUAACAUUGGGAUGGUCCUAAAAGAAUCAGGACAUGAGAAUGACCAGAUCCAGAUUAAAGUGAGGACAGAAACAAUUGCCCUUGUUCUACCACUUAGGGGCCUGGGGUCAUCCUCCAAAAACACUCACAUGGCUGGAGGUGUCCUGAAGGAGCAGGCGAAAGAUUCCUCAUUGUGGUGCUUACACGCCCGUCUUCUUGAAGUGGAUGCAGGAGGAAGAUGUGUCUCCACGGCAAAUAAGCAAAGCGGACAGAAUGCUUAA